AUGGUGUUUGACUUCGAGGCCUUCGUGGAAGAGCCUUCCCUUGAGGAGUUGAACAAAUGCAAAAAGAAAGACCUCAUAGCACUUGCUGUGCAUUUUAAUAUUCUAUAUUCCAAACAGAGCAGAAAGGACGAGAUCCGGGCGCUGCUUGUGGAUGGCUUGGUGGAGUUGGGCCUGCUCUCGCAACCAGUGGCUUCUGAGGGGACUGAUGAGAGUAUCGUGCCUGCGGGAACCCCAAAGCGGGAGGAGAAACCUGGACCUUCAGAUGGUUCUCCCCCUGGGACAAAGAGAGCGGGCGCGGGGGUUGAUGAACCGCCUAACCCUCUGUUCACCCUCCCCCGGUAUGACCCACACUCUCCUCCCACCUCUCCUCGGUCCUUGGAUGCUGCCCGACGCGCUGUGCGCCUGGCCCGCAUUAAAAUGGAAGCUGAGCAGAAGGAACGGGACCGCAGUGCCGAGCUCGAAUUUCAGGUGCGCAAGCUCGAGAUAGAGGCUGACAAAGACGUCAAACUGCGCCGCCUUGAGCUGGAGGCUGAAGGUCGCCUCCCUCCCAGUCCUACUCCCGGCCCUGGGCCCACCGCGCAGGCUGCAGCCCACUCCCCAUCCGUUCACGGCGGCGCCCUCGAUGGGGAUACGCUCUCUGCUAAAUAUACCGGUCCUUAUGUGGUUAAGGAGAAACUGUCUGAUACUGACUAUAUUAUCAGCACGCCGGACAGGAGGCGAAAAACCCGCGUGUGCCACAUUAAUAUGUUGAAGCAGUAUCACUCCCGCGUUACACCGACCACGACGGAGCCCUCCCUUCAGAGUGUCUCCGCUCUGAUUGUGGCUGACCAGGCCGCUGAGAGCGGACUGAAGAUGCGUAAGGAGCAUAGUCCGCGUCUCCCGAACUCUGAAAUGCUUACGGUUUUACCUGCCCAACUGAAGCAUUUGAGCGCUGACCAGCAGGCUGACGUUCUGGCUGUUGUGGGACGAUUCAGAUCCCCUGCCAAUGCCCAGAUCGUGCACUCAGGCGCAGCUUGUAACGUCAAGGAUGAUAACAUCAGCGAGAGGAUCUACACCAUCAAAGAAGGAGACACACUAGUGCUGCAGUGCAUAGUCAAAGGACACCCGCGGCCACAGGUGCGAUGGACAAAGACGGCAGGAAGCGCCUCCGACAAGUUCCAGGAGACGUCCAUCUACAACGAGACGCUGAGAAUCGAGAGCAUCCAGAGGGUGCAGGGCGGCCGCUACUACUGCAAGGCCGACAACGGGGUGGGGGUGGCUGCCAUCAAGUCCAUCCGAGUAGAUGUGCAGUACACUAGAAAGCCUCCACAAAACCAUACGCCGUGCCCCCCAGCCCAAGCCAAACAGCUGCAGUCCCACUUUUGCAUUGUGAAGACCGGCCAAACUCUGACCUGGCACUAUGACCACCGAGACAGUGGGUCAGUGAGCUAG